AUGUGCCACUUUCGGGUCUCCUCACACUGCUGCCAGGUCCAUACUGAUUCAUGGCCCCCUGCCUCUGUAUGGCCUUUAAUUUAAGCUGCUUACGCUCCGCCACUCUGCCAUGGGCCCCUGUACCGCCUCCUCUUGCUGCUGCCAGGUCCAGAGUGUGUCAUGGGUCCCUGUACGGCCUCCCAUUGCUGCUGACUUCAUCGCCAGACUCUGCCAUGUGCCACUUUCAGGUCUCCUUACACUGUUGGUGGGUUCCAUUUUGUGAUAGGGUGCUGUAUGGCCUUCCAUUGCUGCUGCCUCCACCGCCACCCUGCGCCAUGUGCCUC